AUGGCAACCGUACGAGAUCCCAUGUUCUGGCAGCGCUUCUCCGCCGCCAUCCGCCUGGACGAAGAGGAAAAGGUCGGCGUGGAAAAGGGAGAAGACGCCAAACCGGCAGACUCGAAAAAGUCAUCACGACCGAAAGUAGGACAUUCGGAAUCGUGGCUGGAGCGAGAAAGAGUCAAGAAGAGGCGCCGGAACUACAUCUGCUGGGGCUUCUGGUUCGGCUUCUUGGGCUUCAUCGCGGGUGUCGUGGUGGUGAUAGUAUGCGGGACGGUGAUGGGAGUUGAGUAUGCGCGACAACCCGCAGAGGAUGGCGGAAAGGGUGGAGGAAAAAAGGAAAAGAGAGGGACGGGAAUACAAGCUGUCGAGCAGCUUCUUCUUGAGGUUAUGAAGCUCUCUAUUCUAGGCUUCAGGUCGGGACAACUCCGAGGUGGGGAACAGUAG